AUGAUUUCCUUUUGUCUGUUGCAGAUGACAGGUCAGCGUUAUAAGCGCACCAACUUUGAAGAUGACGAUACGUUUUCCAAUGGCCCAAGUACUCCUCCCGGGAUAGACUUUUUCCCCAGUGUUGCCCUAAAGGGAGGACUGUCGGCAUGGCAGAAGAAGACUCGACUAGAGCGUGUGCUUAUUGUAUUUCUGGUAGUUCUCAUCAUUACAGUCAUUGUGCUAGCCGCAAUGCUGUCUGUCCGUCAGGUCCAGACUCGUACUGUCACCAAGAUACAGACGGUUCAACCAGAUUACUGUGUGACGCCCAAGUGUGUGACAGUCGCCAGCUCUGUUCUCACCUCCAUGGACCGCUCCAUUGACCCCUGUGAGGACUUCUACCAGUAUGCUUGUGGGGGGUGGGAGAAGUCUCACCCUAUCCCUCCUGGUCACUCUCGCUGGAGCACCUUUGGAGAGCUGGUCAGGGACAACCAGGUCAUCAUGAAGAAUGUUCUAGAGAAGCCUCUGAGCUCUGCAAUGAAUGAAGCUGAGAGGAAAGCCAUGUUGUAUUAUAUAUCAUGCGUGGACAAGAAUGAGACCAUUGAGGAUCUUGGUUCCCAGCCCCUGCUGGACGUCAUACGACAGGUGGGCGGGUGGAACAUCUCCUCUGGGUCUGGUGAAUGGGAUGUGAACAAGUGGGACUUACAGACUGUCACGGAGAACGUCUUUCUACUUGACCUCAGCGCUUUCUUCUGGACCUGGGUGGGAGAGGACGACAAAAACUCCUCGCGUAAUAUCCUACAGGUGGACCAAGGGGGAAUAACUCUUCCAGACCGUGACUAUUACCUCAACAAGUCCAUUUCUGAUGACAAGGUACUGUCGGCUUACCUGGAGUACAUGACGGAAGUUGGUGUAUUGUUAGGAGGGGAGAGAAAUGCCACAGAAGAUCAGAUGAGAGACGUCAUUGAGUUUGAGAUUAGACUGGCUGAGAUCACAAUUCCGUCUGAAGAUAGAAGAGAUGUGGAGAAACUGUAUCACUUGCUGACCUUGAGAGAGCUCCAAAGCUUGGCUAGUUUCAUGGAUUGGAAACAUUUUUUCAAUACCCUGUUUGAUACAGUCAACACAACCUUGACGUCUGAUCAGGAGAUAAUUGUUGUGGCACCAAAAUACCUGAAAAAUCUGACCAGCAUUCUGCAGGAUAUGACCAGUACUCCACAGAAAAAGAACACACUGAACAACUACCUGGUGUGGCAGGUGGUGAAGACUUUGGCCUCUUAUCUCACCUUACCCUUCAGGAACGCCAGGAAGAUUCUCACCAAGGCCAUCUCAGGGAGCACCGGAGAAGAAGAGGUGUGGCGAUAUUGUGUAUCUGACACAGAUGGAGUGCUGGGGUUUGCCCUGGGGGCCAUGUUUGUUAGGGAGGCCUUUCAUGGAGACAGCAAACCCAAGGCAGAAGAAAUGGUGACUGAGAUAAAAGUGGCUUUUAAGAAAAAUCUACCUGAUUUGGCUUGGAUGGAUGACGAGACGAGGGCUGCGGCUAUUGACAAGGCCAACGCUGUUGUGGAUAUGAUAGGCUUCCCUCAGUACAUUCUCAACUCUACCAGACUAAACAAAUUGUAUCAGGAGCUUGAAAUACGACCAGAUGAGUACUUCAUGAACAACCUGAGAAACCUCCGCUUUUCCUUAGAGUCAAAUCUCAAUCAGCUGAACAAGAAGCCGGAUAAAACUAUAUGGAGUAUGAGCCCGCCCACCGUCAAUGCUUACUACACGCCCUCCAAAAAUGAGAUCGUCUUCCCGGCUGGAAUUCUGCAGGCGCCAUUUUAUGACAAAAAUAACCCGAUGUCUCUUAACUUUGGUGCUAUGGGAGUUGUGAUUGGACAUGAACUGACACAUGGCUUUGAUGAUUUAGGCCGGGAGUUUGACAAAUUUGGUAACUUCCGUCCGUGGUGGAACAAUGCAUCUGUGGUGAAGUUUACCCGCCGAGCUGACUGUAUGAUCAAUCAGUACUCCAGAUACGUGAUCAAUAAAGAACAUGUGAAUGGCAAACAGACACUGGGUGAGAACAUAGCAGACAACGGAGGACUGAAAGCAGCAUUUCAUGCAUAUGGCACCUGGGUUGAUACACAUGGGAAGGAAAUGAUCUUGCCGUCUUUAAAUCUAACAAACAAGCAGCUGUUCUUUCUGGGCUUUGCACAGGUGUGGUGUACAAGAACAACAGACGAGACGGCCCACAUGGAGUUGUUAAGCGACCCUCACAGCCCGGCUAAGUACAGGGUCAUCGGCACACUGUCCAAUUCCAUUGACUUUGCACAGCAAUUCCACUGCCCAGUCGACUCCCCGAUGAACCCCAGCAAGAAGUGUGAAGUGUGGUAACUCGCGCCCUGUUCGCUCUUUCCUCUUCACUCUUGCAGUAUUUACUAACGUUUUAUAAUAGUGAGGAUAUCUCUUUAACAAAAGUUCCUAAUUUUUUUUUUCUUUGUAUUUAAAUUUACAUUUGAUCUGUUUGUUUCUUUUGUUUUAUGUUUAUUCAACACUUUCAUUAGUUUUAUCUUCAUUAUAUUUCAAAGAUUACAGUUAUUAUGUAAUUUUAUAGAUCAACCAAAGAGUAUUGUCUGUUGGUUCAGCAUAUUUGUCCAACACGAUAGUUCCACUGUCACUUGUGAUUUGUUAGAUUUUUGACAGCUGCAGUAUCACUACAUUGUAUAUGUACAUCUUAUCCAUUUCCUCCAUUUUGCAUAUCAUAUUAUUUCUCCAUUGGCAUAAUACAUAAUGAAUGGCCUUUUUUCCUCUUUAAUUCUGAAACUGUGCAGCAGACUGUGAGCCAAAUUUUUCCCCUUACAGUUGAUUUAUUAUAAAGUGGUCUCCCUUUGCAUCUGAGCUACUGGUGGUCUCCCCUUGUAAUUGGGUCAUUUCAAAGCAGUCUGUCUUAUACUGUGUGAAUCCGAAAAGGGUUUGGUUGGUUUGAUCCGUGACAUAUGAUUUACAUGUACAUGCCUAUGGGCACAUUUGUCAUUGCUGCUUUCUGUACAUAAGUGUAUUUGUUAAUGAAGGACCAGACAUAAGCAGAAAAGUGCACCUCUGCUGGAGUAAUAGUAGAUAAACAAGUGAGCCCUAUAAAUCCUGACAAACCCUGUUACUAUGGGACUUGUGUAUAUGAUACAUUUUUUAUGUAGCUUUAGUAUGUACUCAGAUGUAAAGAUAACCAUGUAAGUUUGUAUAUAAGUACAUGUAUAACACUUUUGUACAUCAGAAAAACCCUCACAUAUAAUAUUGUACUGAUAGUAAAAUCUGCUGUAGUCCCAUGAUAUAAGCUCAAUGGUGAAACUUGUACGUGUUGUGGUCAUAAUGGUUUGUGGCUCUUUUGCAUAUUUGUGCUAUGUAUUUGAAUGUCCCUAAUAACUGGCACAAAGUAGACUAUUUUACAUAGAUCUGUUCGUUAAUGCUGACUGAUGUGUAUGUGUAAAGCCACUAGAGUUGUGCUGUGAUAGCAUGCAGACUCAUCGUACAUGUGUUUGUUGUUGAAUGCAGACAUGUGCUAAAUGUGUUCAUAAGUUGGCCAGCAUCUGGUACAUGUACUCCUCUCUGUGGUUUUACCUGAUAUCGUCAUACAUUUGUGAGGACCCAGAAUGCCUAAUGCACCCACAAGAACAUCACUAAAUGCUCUUUCAUAUCUACAUGUGUUUACAGUCUCUAGGAUUUAGUCAUACAUUUUAAAACAUUUAAAAAUCAUACAUUUAAUGACUGAGAAUUUACAAUCUACGGUUUACUUCAGUCUUGCACUUUUUACCUGAUUGACCAUCUUUAUUCUUAGACUAACUGAGCUUUUAUGACCGAAAGCUUGUACCAAAAUAAAAUCUUCUCCUGUGCAGUGUAAAAACAAAAAAAAUAAUCUAAAGGUGUAAAUUUAUUUUUUUUUAAGUACAUGUACAUUCAAGUGUACUGUGUUUAAGUAGCUUUAUAUCACAGAGAUUAAUCUCUCAGUUUUAUUUUUAUUUUUAAACUUUGUUUUGGCAUGCUUGUGCUGCUGAUUUGAAAUCUUAGACUCAAACAUGUAAAGAUGAUUUAUUUUUGAAAUAAUUUCAUUUUUUUUUUAAUGUUAUGAUGUGAGAACUUGAAAUAAAAGAGAUUUUGACGAAGUGCAACACACAAAACUUGCCCUGAAUUUAAUUUUGUAGGAUAUACAUGCACACACAUGUACCAGUAUGGCUGAGUUGUCUUGUUUAUUUUGUAUGAUAAUGUUCCUAGCAUUUUAAAUGAAUUGAGUUCACAUUUUUUAGUGACCGUACCUGAAUUAUUAUGAUCUCAUAUUAUUAUUUGAAAUAAAGACUUUAGGAGAUGAAAAAAGUUGUGCACUAGAAAGGAUGUAUGCUGAUAUUUUUAAGUCAGUAAUUGGUAAUGUGUUCCUUCAGCGGUAUAGAUUGUCACAUUCACGUGAUAUAUUUUCAUGGAGCCAACAUUUUACAUAGACCCAGUGAUAACUCUGAUAUGUUGUGUGAAGACUUGAUUACACACUUUACUUCAGUGAUUUAAAAAUAAUUAAGGACAUAACAUAAACCAAACAAAAAACAGUAUUGAAUUCAAUAUUGAACAUUCUUCAUCGAUCUUUUUUUCUUCUGUGUUUUAAUCCGAAGACGACAUUAAAAAAAAAUGUAGCAAGAAAAACUUUCAGGGGUAAUCUGAUAAGUUAUUACAUUUUUGUUGACUGAAUCAAGGAAAAACAGAGCCAGAUAUCUUUUCACAUAGUAUAUCAAUUGGUCAUACAAUGUAUGUGUAGGUGUUUAAAUACUACGUGUUAUUCAGCUUACAGGUUGUGAAUAUAUUAGCCAGGUGAGCUCAUUUGUGCAUUUUCUGUACAUUUCAGACGUGUGACAAAAAAGUUCUGGAAUGAAAUGACAAAAAACAAAUGUGAUUACAAUUUUUUUUUUCACAUCUUUUUUUUUUGCUUUUUUUUGAUUUUCACCUCAGAUUAGGUUAUUUUCUUAGGACAAGCUACAUAUAUAUUUAAGACAUUAGUAAUUUUACCAAUUCACCAAUUACCAUAUUGUUAACAGUUUAGUUGUAAAAAAAAUAUAUCUCUGCAUACAUGUAUUAAUUAAACUGUGUAAUUAAACUGUAUUAAUUAAACUCACACACACUCACACACAUACACACACACACAAAUAUUCAUGUAUGUAUCCUCAUAGACAGUUAUAACAGGAUAUCAGACAUAAAAUGUGCAUCAGAUGUUCAGUGUAUUAGAGUAUAAACAUAUCAUUAAGUCUAAAUGUGAUAGAUUUACUAUAUAUGUAUGUAAGUAAAGUACCAUUAAGAUAUGAACUCAGCUUUUGUACAUAAAUAUUAGUGCUGUUUGUAUAGUGACUGACUGUAAAUAUGAUAGAUGUACAUGUGGUCUAGAAUGACCACAGUUGUGACUGACCGCUACUAUAGGCUCAAUUUUAAGGACAUGUACACGUUAGUGUAAUUUUUAUAGCUUGGUGUGUUACAAGGUUUUAUUUUAAACUCUGCUUGCGUUCUAAACUAAAAGGUAUGUAGUUACAACAUAAGAGUAUUUAUAAAUGAUGAUAACAGUUAUUUAACCAAACAACAAGUAUAGACGACUUCCACUUGUGACCAGGUUGGAAAAAAAUUCAUGGUCCAGCGCACAAGAAACAUUUCAGAUGGCUUAGGAAAUUUCCAGCUUUGAAAGUUUGCUAGCAUGACUUUCACACAUUUAACUAGAUCUUGGUACAUGUCUUUAUUUGCUUUUCCUAACAUAAAAUAGAAAGAAUGAGUCCUGUCAGAAUUAUAAUAUACUGUAUACAGUAUGUGUUCACC